GUGGAACAGACAGUGGCAAGGAUCGGGUCGAGAAUUGUGGAGACGCAGCUAUCCGAAGACGUCAACGGCUUCAAAUGCAUUUACAUAAGUUACAUAAGAUCUUGUUCGUGCGGUAUAACUUCGCCCGACAAUGAUUCCAAAUAUUCCAAAUCACAUCCCUAUCUUCAUCUGACUUAACAAUAAUUCCAUUCCGAAACUCUUCCAAAUCAUCCAACAUUUAAACCAUAUAUAUAUCUAUCAUACAUUCACUCUUCAAAACCUCAUGAAACUACCUCCAUUCUCCAAUUUACUGCGUACUUUCUAUACCUUUUCCAGUUUCACUCGGACCCGCCCGCUUGCCCACCAAGCAGUAUUACGCCAUCCAAUAACAGUAAAAUCCAUGCCAACUCUCCCCUUUUUUGGUAGUUUAUUUGGUUCGAGCUCCAGUUCAACCAACAAUAUGUCCUUUCCAGAUCAAAGAACGUCCGACGAGUGGCGCGCCGUCUUAUCUAAAGAGCAAUUUAGAAUUCUUAGGGAAAAGGGUACUGAACCCCCGGGCUCCGGAAAGUAUGAUAAGUUCUUUUCCGAGUCUGGAGUUUACACAUGUGCCGGUUGUGAUGCACCCCUCUACAAGGCGAACCACAAGUUUAAGUCUGGCUGUGGGUGGCCAGCAUACUUCGACAGUAUACCCGGUGCUGUCACUAGGCAUGAAGACAGAUCUUACGGCAUGGCAAGAACCGAAAUUGUUUGUUCCAACUGUGGUGGACACCUUGGUCAUGUCUUCAAGGGCGAGGGAUACCCAACGCCGACUGAUGAGAGACACUGCGUUAACAGUGUUAGCUUGAACUUCGCCCCCGAGGAUAAGACCGGGAGCAAGGCUUAGGUUAAAUAUUCGGAUGUAAACAAAAUUAUUUCUACUCAUAUCCGAUGUAUUGCAUGGGCGGUCUAAGGGGGAGGCGAAGAGUGUUGCGGGAAAAGAUAUAGGAGUUUCAUGUUUGUUAUUUCGAAAUUCAAUAUGCGGAAAUUGAAGAGCUUUUCAAUCCCGUAUUCAUUCUCUCAAUAUUCGCGCGAUACCUCAUUUAAACCAGGUUAACUGAUAUCUAGAAGUGCAGUAGUAAUACCAGCCACUGAAUACUUCCGGUUUAUCAAAACCCGGGAGCAGAGGGUCUAUAUCAUCUUCCCCCGUGAAGGUAGACCAAGAAGCCACAUCUGACGAUACCACAGCCAAGCACCCAGGAGAAUCAGAGGGCAUUUUGGGUUUGAGGCUAGGAAGAAGCAGGAUCGAGAGUAGUGUAUUCGAAAUAACAUUGAGUUGGAUAGAUUCCUCGUGGCUUGUAGACGGGGCCGCCUUAACGAUUUCGUAAUUCUGCUUAAAGACACCCGCAUUGAGCACCGCAAUAUCCAAGCGCUGUGAGGUUUUCACACGCUCCGCAAAUGCGACAAUAGAGUCGUAGGAGACAAGAUCCAAGUUCCACACCUCAAUAGCGCUGUCUGGAAGGUGACGGCCGGAUGAUAGUUUGGUGCUUGCUUCUUGACCCUUGAGCUCAUUCCGCACGGCAAGUAUUAGUUUAGAUAGACCCAAGUCGAGCAAUUGACGGGCGCACUCAAAGCC